AUGGCUAAUGAAAUCGAUACUUCGAUAGCACGAAAAUUAUACUAUGCCAUCCCUCCUGCUGUUGCAGGCUUUGCCUAUGGGUGGGAGAAUGCUUCGAUGAGUGGCAUCCUCACGAUGACCCAGUUCCUUGGUUAUUUCCAUACACCAUCUGCGUUCAGGCAAGGCGUCAUGACUGCAGCCUUGCUGGCAGGAGAAUUUGGGGGCUCCCUCCUCAUCGGGUUUUUGGUUUCUGAUCGGUGUGGACGCCGUGCAACCAUUUUGUUCUGCGUUCUCGUCUACCUCAUUGGACAGACAAUUAUUGUUGCCUCUCAAAAUCAGGCGAUGUUUAUUGCAGGUCGUGUUAUCAAUGGCCUGGGAGCAGGUGGAUUGUUUCAAACUAUUUCACUGUACACUGCUGAAAUCACUCCGCCCCAAAUCCGAGGCAUGAUGACUUCGAUGUUGAAUUCGGGUAUCGCGGUGGGACUGUUGGUAGCAUAUUGGGUCCAGUAUGGGGCAGCCAAUAUCCAGGGCACAGCUGCAUGGCGAAUGUGCUACGGCUUCCAAUUGAUCCCUGGAGCUAUCGUCGGUGGUAUCAUGCUCUUCCGCCCUGAAUCACCCAGAUGGCUGUUUCAACACGACCGCAGCGAAGAAGCCUUACAAGUACUAGCCAAACUGCAUGCCAAUGGCGACCAGGAUGCACCGGUGGUGCAAUCGGAGUACGAAGAAAUUCGGAUCGUCGUCGAAUAUGAGAGAGGCACGCCUGCUCCUUCAUACAUGUCACUAUUGGUUGACAAGCAAUAUCGUCGCCGCACAGCUCUUGCUAUGGGACUUCAAUUCAUGCAACAGAUUACCGGCGUCAACAUCAUUCUGUACUAUGCGGCCAAAGUCUUUGCACAGACUGGUCGAACAGGACCUCAGGCUGCCCUGCUUGCCAAUGGCAUUGAGUCUGCCUUAUUUCUCGUUGCCUCUAUAUCGUUAACCCUCCUGAUGGACUUCUAUGGGCGUCGUAAGCCGCUUAUAGUUGGGCCUGUCCUGAUGGGAACCUGUAUGAUUGUCGUGGCGUCCAUGAUGAUCGGGUACGGUUCUCCCUUUUUCAACGAAGCGACACAAGAGGUGGAGUUCAAUUUUGUCAACACGGCCGCAGGGAAUGCAGCAGUGACAUUCAUGUUUCUUUAUAUGAUUAGUUUUGGUGGAACCAUGGCCUCCCUUCCUUGGACCUACCAGAACGAGGUUUUCCCGAUAAAUGCCCGUGGGCGCGGAACUGCCCUUUCUACUUCGGUGAAUUGGUUCGUCAAUUUCUGGUUGGGACUGUAUAUGCCAACUGCUCUGAACGAAGGCGCAUGGAGAGUGUAUUAUGUCUUCGGUGGUAUCAACCUUGGCAUCUCAGUUGUUGUCUUCUUGUUCUUCCCAGAGACAUCGCGACGCACGUUGGAAGAGCUGGACCUAUUGUUUACUCCUAAUAGGCGCACGCUUGUGUUCUUCGACAAAGAAGCUUGCCAGAAAGGUUCAUUGCUACGACAUGGUUUGGAAUCUGGGGCUGAUGCGGCUAAGGACCUGGAGACCGCGCUGGUGAUGAGCACUUAUCGGGAUGGGAAGGAAUAG